AUGUCGGUUUUGGUUGUAACUGCCGCCACCGUUGGGCAUAUUCCGCCACCGCGCGCAGGCAUGCUGCAGCAGUCCGCGAAAAAGGAUGCGAGCACCGCACUCGAGCUGCUCUUUGUCUCGACAGUCGGCCUAUCCCUGCGACAACGACCAGCAAAGCCACUGGCGUUGACCGCUUCACAGUCGUCAGCAGACGUCCCGAUCGAUGUCCGCGCGUGCCAGCGGCAGUUGGCUGCGUUUGAUCUCGCGCUGGCAGACAAGACCUCGAUCGCCCCACACGAGCGCCAGGACCUGCUCGCUCUGGAGGAUGCAGCGACCACAAUGCCAUCUACCAAGCACCAGCCCACGACGGGUCUUGCUACCGACGAUUCGAAAGCGUCGUUGGCGGCAUCCGCAUCGACAGCCUCGGUGGGGAGUCACCAUGGCACGGACGGCAAACUCGGCGCGGCGUCGUCCAAGGGAUCCUUGCCGCCGUCGAAAAGCGACGCGUCCGUCGCCGCCGACUCGUCCAAAGACACGCCAAGCGCCGACAACAGCGACACCAGCCCUCCCGUGUACAUUCGAAGCAACCUCCACGAGCACCACUCCGACAUCGACGCAUGCUCGCUCGACUGGUGCGCCGAGCUCGCCGAGAUCGUCCUUGCCGCCGAGACCGCUGUCUCCAACCACGACCGGUCGACGCUGUGCAAGAUGGUGCACAACCUUCGCCUCACCAAGCUCGCAAUCGAUCGAAUCGACGACGCGUUUGGAAGCGAGUGCAGUCUGUUGGAGCGGUUGGAUGUCAGCGACAACGUGCUCACAACACUUGGCCAUCUUCCGCCGACGAUCGUUGAAGUCGACGCGUACAAUAACCAGCUCGACGCUGUCGGUGCAGCUUCCCCGACACCUUGUCUGGUGCACCUCGGGCUCGGCCUCAACCGAUUCACGUCGCUCCCGACGCUUUCGCAUCCACAAACGCUGCUGUCCCUCGAUUUGUCGUACAAUCACAUUACGCAAUUGCCCCACGUACUCGCUGGCCUUGACGUAUUCCACGGCCUGCGCCAUCUCUUCCUCAUGGGCAACCCCGUUGCGCUGUGUCGGGGGUACCGGCAAGCGCUCCUCGCCGGCCAUCCCAACCUGUACGUCCUGGACGACAUCGCUGUUGGAGACAGAGAGAAGGACGCACUCGGUCAAGCACCGGCCGUUGCCGUCGACACCGCGGCGGACUUGACUGUGCAUGUGACGGCGGUUGGGUUUCCAGUGCGCAAGCCAUCGACAGACCCCACGGCACCGACGGUGACCUACGAAGCCACGGUCGACGUAAGCCCACGACUCGUCCGCAUUGCCAUGAAAGAAGAAGGCCCGAAACCAGAUCAGCCACAUGGGCAUCCCCCUGGCGCACUCUUCUUCGAGUCGACGCGCGUCCCGGUCGUAGUGUCGCGGGAGCUGCGAGACAGCAUCCAGUUUCGCCCUGUCGAGGUGCGCAUCUUCGAAGUGCACACACCUCCGCAGGCAGCAGCGACACCUCCUGGCACGACGUCCGGUCAACCCGCCGACGAUCGACCUCCAGUGCACGAGCUGCGCGCGUCGGUGAAUGUGGACGUUGGUUUGUUCUUGAAGCCAAGCCCUUUGGAACACCGACUGGGUGAGCUUACUGUUUCCAAGACAAUCCAGUGCAUCGCUCUCAAGAGCGUGGCGGUGGCGCCCACCGUGCCAGAAGUGGUUGUACUUCCCGCGAAAGGAGGCGACAAGGGCGCGCCACCACCCGAACCUGUUGUCCACGACACUGAGAUCACCCUCACUGUCAAGUUGGUCAUGAACGAGACCGACAGGAUUCGACCGAGCACUUCACGCGACCACAUAGGCUCCAAAUCCAAAGAGCGUGGGCGCCAUUAA